AUGCUGCAACAGCGGCACCAGCAGGUGGUCGGGCCGGCCUCCGUGGCCGGGUCACCGGACCGCACCCGGCGCUCUCGCGUGCCCCACGGCUCGAUCACGCGGAGCUCGUCGUCUGCGUCGACGUCGGUGGCGUCUUCAGCGCCGUCGCUGUCUCAGCAGUCGUGCGGCGUUUGCGAGGCCGAGUUCACCCGGCUGCGCCGCCCGCACCGCUGCCGCCGGUGCAUGGAGGCCGUUUGCGCCUCCUGCUCGCCGUUGAGACUACCGGUUCCCGGCUCGGGCAGCCUCGAGCCCAAGCGUACCUGCAGGCUCUGCGCCGGAGGCCCGUCUUCGGCGCGAAGAAAGGGGUCGGCAGCUAUCAGGCAGAACGCCGGAUCAUCGCCGGCAUUAAAAGUUGCUGCAGCUCGCAGGAGUGCGGCGGCGCACCGCGGGGAUAAGCCUGUUCGUGCGGCGGCGGCGGCGGCGGCGGCGGCAGCAGAUACGGCCGCCGGUCGGCGGUCGGCCAGCCGCUCGCACGACACGCGACACCGGCGGUCCAACAGCGUAGGCAGCAUGAUCACUCGAGCUCCGCUCAAGGCUCUCUCUGACGCUGCCGCGGCCGUCACGGCUGGGUUCUAUGCCGACGGGGCGGAAGGCGGGGGCGAAGGAAAAGUGGGGGACUCGGCUGGCGGCAUUGACGGCAGCGGCAAGAACAAGCUCGCCCCUGGACGGUCGCCUAAUGCUCAGGGGUCUCUUACCGGGAGACUCGCUGCGGGCGGGCUCGCGGCUUUGGGUGCUAUCGGCACCGGUACCGCGGCGGUGGGCGCGAUCGGCACGGACAUGAUCCGGUCGGGCAUGCUGUCGCGGCAGACGGAUGCCCCCUCGCCAUCUACCGGAGAGCAGCCAGUGGAUGCUAAAGACAGGACGGAUGACGACCCCCCCGCUGCCGGGGAUAAGGCAUCGGACUCACGUGUUGCAGGCGGCGACGCUUCUCUGACUCGGAGGCUCGCGGCUGGUGGGCUUGCGGCUUUGGGUGCCGUCGGCGCUGGCAUCGGCCGGCCAGGCAAGCCACCAGGAGAGGCGGACUCCUCCGUCCCAUCAACGGGAAGGCAGUCGGGGGAUGCCAAAGAGCGGGAGGAGGGCAUCUCUGCCGGCGCGACGGUGAGCGAUCAGGGUGUCGAUGCUUCUCUCACUCGGAGGCUCACAACUGGCGGGUUGGCGGCGUUAGGGGCUAUCGGUACCACCAGCACGGCUGCGUUGGGUGCUGUCAGUGCCAGCGGCACGGCUGCGUUGGGUGCCGUCGGUGCCAGCAUUGGUGGAUCGAGGAAGCCGGCCAAGGAUUCGGCUGUGUCCGAACCAUCUGCUCCGGAGCUUGAAGACGUCAUAGGCGGGCUCCCUGUUGGGGACGGCAGCGUGACGGCGUCCGACGUGGGGGUGGAAGGAGGCGACGCUUCUCUCACUCGGAGGCUCACGGCUGGAGGGUUGGCGGCGUUAGGUGCUGUCAGUGCAAGGAGCACGGCUGCUUUGGGUGCUGUCAGUGCAAAGAGCACGGCUGCUUUGGGUGCUGUCAGCGCAAGGAGCACGGCUGCUUUGGGUGCUGUCAGUGCCAGCGGCACGGCUGCGUUGGGUGCUGUAAGCGCCAGCAGCACGGCUGCUUUGGGUGCCGUCGGUGCCAGCAUCGGUGGAUCGAGGGAGCCGGCCAAAGAGUCGGAUGUGCCCGCACCAUCUGCUCCCGAGCUUGAAGACGUCAUCGGCGGGCUACCUGCUGGUGACGGCAGCGUGACGGCGUCCGACGUGGGCGAGGAAGGAGUCGACGCUUCUCUCGCGCGGAGCCUCGCGGCGGGUGGGUUGGUGGCGUUGAGUGCUGUCGAUGAAGGCAUCGAUCGGCCGGGAAAACAACCAUCAGUAGAGGAAGUCGCCUCGAGCGACCGUACGACAGCGUCGGAUGGUGUGAACACAGUGGGCGGCGAUGCUUCUCUCACCCGGAGGCUCGCAGCUGGGGGACGAGCGGCUUUCUGUGCCGUCGGUACCGGCAUUGUUAAAGCGAGGAAUCCACCAGGAGAAACGGAGGAUUCCAAGCCAUCUGCGCCAGAAAUAGCUGGUGAUGCUGCGCCUAACUUGGACGGGGUUUCGGGCGACCUCCCUGCUGGCGACGUCAGCGUAAAAGGUGGUGGCGAUUCCUUCGCUCGGAGGCUCGCUGCGCGUGGGUUGGCGGCGUCGAGUGCUGUGAACGCAGGCGUUGGUCGAUCGGGUAAGCCAUCAGGAGAUGGGGAUGCCUCCAUGCCACCUGCGGGAUUACCACCAGCAGGUGUUGACGUAAAGAAGGAGGAGAUCUCAGGCGACCUUCCUGCUGAUGACGUCCGCGCUACAGCGUCGGCCGUAAGACGGUCAAGCGAUGAGGGCUCCGUCAACCGGAGGCUUGCUGCUGGUGGACUGGUGGCCUUGGGUGCUCUCGGCACCGGCGUUGGCCCGUCGGAGGACAAGCCAUCAAGAGAGGGGGGUGUCUUCUUGCCAUCUGCGGCAGAGCCAUCUGCUGGAGUUGAGACCAAAGAGGGAGGCGAUCACCCUGCUGAUGACGUCACUGCGACGGCAUUGGAAGGGAGCUCCGAAGGCGGCAACGCUUCUCUCAGACUGGCAGCUGGGGGGUUGGUGUCGUCGGGUGCGGUCGACACCGGCAUUGGUCCGUCGGAGGUGACACCAUCAGGCCAGGUGGAAGUCUCAGUGUCAUCUGCGGCAGACAAAGAGGGUAAUAUGAAGCUGAAGGGAGUGGUCGAUGGCGGCGAGGGGACACUCGCGGGAAUUAACGCAGCGGAAACCAGCUUGGCGUUUGCUGACCAACGGCCCGGGAAGGACGCAGUGAAGCACGAACAUGUUAUCACCGAGCCGGUGAUCCAAAUCGGUGUUGGCAACCGCAUGUAG